CCUCAAAACACAUCUUAGAGAGAGAGAGAGAGAGAGAGAGAGAGAGAAGGAAACGUCCUCGGAUUGCCUCCCAGAAUCUAUAAUUUUCUAGAGAGAGAGAGAGAGUGUGUGUGUGUGUGGACACCAUGAACACUUGUCUCUCAUCAUAAUCACCUUCGGCGUGUUGAGUCACCCCGUCGCCUCUGUAUCCCUUCACAGAUGCUGCUGUGGAAAUGGGUAAAUCGGAAAAACACCGAUUACAUCUGCAGCAGCGACAGCAGACUCUUCAACGGAAUAAUCGAUCGCAAACCGGUUCGACCAUCCUGUGCGAGAGAUGUUCGGUGGCCCUGCGUAGAAUCGGCCGUGAGUUCAAUCUCAAAUGCCUAGUCGUUUUGAUUUUCAGCUUCUCCGUGUUCCUAUCGGCCGUUUUCUGGAUCCUCCCUCUUCGCUCCACCGCUCCUGGGUUCGAUGCGAAAAACGCAAUCCAGCUCGCUGCUACUGUUCAGGCUUCAUUCAGACUGCAAAAGUCAGUUUCAAUGCUUAUACCGCAAAUUGGAAGAUUAGAGUAUGAUAUAUAUAGCGAAAUAGGUGUCCCUUAUACAAAGGUAGCUAUCCUAUCCAUGCAUCAGGCGGAUGAAUCUGACUGGACCAACGUGGUGUUUGGUGUUCUUUCUGAUCCAGUUGAUGUUGCCAUUAACCCAGUGUCCCUAAGCGUGCUGAGAUCCUCUUUAAUAGAGUUGUUCCUUCAGCAGUCCAAUUUGACUUUGACAAAUUCAAUUUUCGGGGAGCCUUCUUCUCUAGAAAUUUUGAAAUCUCCAGGGGGAAUCACUGUGAUCCCUGACCAGUCUGCUUCCAUUUGGCAGAUAUCCCAAACCCUUUUUAAUUUUACUCUACACAAUUCUAUAUGUGAAGUAAUCGAAAAUCUUUCAGACUUGAAGAAACAGCUGAAAUCAGGGUUGCGUCUGAGGUCUUACGAGAAUAUUUACGUGCAGUUAACAAACAGAAACGGCUCAACGAGAGAUCCUCCGGUUACGGUUCAGGCUGCUAUUAUGUCCAAUUUUGGGAGCCUUUUGCCCCAGAGAUUAAAGCAAUUGGCUCAAACAAUAGAAGGGUCUCCUCCUUCAAAUAAUCUGGGCCUUAAUAACACAGUCUUUGGUAAAGUUAAGGAAGUCAGGUUAUCCUCUUUCCUAAAUUGUACCGUUCUUGCAACCUCACCAACCCCUUCUCCGGCCCCAGCUCCGGAGAAUAAUGAUUACUAUGAUUCCCCAAUUUCUCCAUUGUACUCUCCCGCUCCCGGGCCAAAUUUUCAGCGUCACUUACCACCAUGUGUAAACUGUGAUGCGUCUUCACCAUCUACUGAUGAUAACUACCCGUAUUCACCAAGCCCUGAAAGUUAUCCCCACCGUUCCUUACCUCCCAUUUCAAGUUCUUCUGCACCUUCAAUCGCAAGGAAUCAGCCCCCUCGCUCUAGUCCCCAUCAUGGUUCAACAAUUCCACCAAGACCCUCAGCCUUUCCUCCGCGUGCUCCUCAUUCGUAUCCACCUCAUGCGGGUCCCACACCAUUGUUGUCCCCGGAUCUUUCUCCUUUACCUGUUGUAUCCUACGGAUCCACGCCAAGACGGGAGAAGGGGAAUGCAAAAGGGCCAGUGUCUCCACCACUUGUCUCGCCUUCAGUCUCGCCAUCUCCAUCAUCUUCCAAUACAGGUCCUAAUCUUAACUACAAAGAGAUCUGGUUAUUUGGUUUCUUUGGACUCCUGACAUUCCAUCUCCUAUGCUGAUCAUACAAAUCGUUCACUGGUGAUGGUAUCCCGACCUAGUUUUCCAAGCAAGCAACAUAUGGCCGGUUUUGCAUUUUUGCCUGGGUUAAUGGAUGAUAGAAGAGAGGGUGGGCAGGUGGUGUUUAAAUGACCAAACAUAUACACAAAUCAACUGGCAGGUCAAAGCCGAAAAGAUGGCAGGCCUACGAUGCCUAAGUUGCGAAGUGGCAUUAAAGUGCCGAGUUUUAUCCCGGAAGGUGGGUUACUCCUAAGAAUUGGUAACUUGUCGAGAACCAAAUUUACGAGCAGUAUUUCAAGGAGAACCGCUGUGCUUAGUAGCAAUUGUAAAUAGCAUUGGUUCUUUUUGAGCUUCUGCAAUGUGGGGGUGACACCAUAUAUGAGCUGAAGGAACAAAUUUUUAACCUAUGUUAAAAAUACCUAGUGCAGUUAUAUCACAUGGUUUACAGAAAGUUAAUAUAUGCUGGCUUCGAGGCCUAGUUAGAUAUCA